UACGUUCUAAGUAUUAUUCUUACUAGCACAUUAUUACUCUCAAUUCACUUGACCCCUCAUACUUUGUGCGCUCGUACUUAGUCCGAUACUCGUCCGCCUAGUUACCUAGGCCCCCGGGUUCCAUAACCCAACAUUGGUGCUCUCGUUGAGAGUGUCGAACACAUCAAGCGUGCUCCAAAGGAAAAUGGUUGCGUCAAGGAGAGUUACCAGGUCGUCUACCGCCAAUCUCGGUGGUGGUCUCAGGAUGACCGUAAUAGCGCCGACCGGCCAAAUCUCGGUGGUGGACAUCAGCCUCAAUGAUGUCGCCAGCCAAAAUACCACUGACCUGCGUCAUCGCAUUCCCAAGCGGCGAACGACGAACCCUGGGGGGUCUCAGGCGCCGACGCAGCAGGUGCCCACCCAGGGCGCUGGCGUUCUAACCCAGCCUUCUCCCAACGGGCUUGUGUGUGGGGGAGGUAUGGUGUUGCCCGGUGAUUUCAACUCACCAUUCUUCCAAUUCGGGGAGACCUCUGGUGCGAGGGCCCCAGGUCCAGACCCUAGCGGUUUCUGGGCCAUGAUGAGGGCGAUGAUGCUCAAUCAGCCCAUGACCGGUUUCCACAUGCCGGUCACGAUGCCACAGCCGAUGUUCCAACCUGACGGGCAUCGUGAGGUCCAGCAAAACGUGGCGGAAAGUGUAGAGCUUUUUGCCCAACACCUGAAGAAUCUAAUGAUGGACUCCCGCCUGAAUCCUUUGGCCGGGGGACCCGAGAACAAGGAGUUGAACCGAUCCCAGCAGCGAGACAACGACAAGGGCCCGGAGCGUAGGCCCAACAAGAAGCAAGCCAACCGUCGAGACAAGGAAACGGCGAGCAAACGUCGUGAGCCCUUGAAGGAAGGACAGGGUGAGAGUGAGUCGCACGUAUCCGUGUUCAGCCGGAUGCGAGUGCCGGUCACGGAGCGGCUGUACGGCCGACGGAAUGCCUUCCUGCAGAACGAAGUAGGGAAGAUCAGGACGCCUUGCGAGGAACAGUGUGACCGACACAAAGAGGUCCACCCGGAAAGGCAAAAUUCCCGGGCCGAGCAACCCGUUCAACAUCCGAUUCUGAGAGCGCCGCAAGGGACGCCUAUCGCGAUGGACGGGGACAUGGGCAGACCUGGGGACGAACGCAUCGAUCUCCUCUUGCAAAGACUGGGCGCCCUGGAGAGGAGGAACGGGGCGGGACAGGUUGCCGAACCCAUGUUCAGACUUCGUUCUCCUUUCUCCGAAAGGAUCCUUAGGGCACCACUGCCGAGCAGCUUUCAGAUGCCGCCCGUACCGAGGUAUGACGGGACCACAGAUCCGCAGGAGCAUUUCAACCGAUACCAAACCCUCAUGAACGUGGUGACGUUCUCCGAGGAAGUCCUUUGCAGGUCGUUCCCCGCCACUCUCGACGGGUUGGCAUCUGAGUGGUUCAAUGAGCUGCCUGAGGGGAAGAUCGACUCAUGGGAGGAUUUGGCACGAAGGUUCCUGGUCCAUUUUUCCGGGAACAGGAAGAAUAAAUUACAUUUUUCACAUCUCCUAUCGGUUAGGCAACGACCUGACGAGCCGCUGAGGGAAUUCCUGGCGAGGUGGAAGCUGGAGACCACCAGAGUUUACGGAGCGGAUGACAAAACCAGGUUAUCUACCUUCCAUUUGGUCUUACGCUCAGGUGACUUCUCCAAGCGCCUAGCCUUGGAAAAGCCGAGGGAGUAUUCCAUCGCGCUGGCCAUGGCAGAGGAUGAAGCCGAAGCAGAGGAGCUGGAGGCAAAUAAGAAAAAGGAGGAAGCUAGAAGGCUUGGUUCUAUCGCGACUGCGGUGAAGCCCAUGCCAAGGAAGGUAACCAUCGAUGAGCGACCACAUUUGCCAGUCGGACACCGCUUCCGGAAGGGCAGAGACCCUCGUGACCGGCGAUCGCACGGGAAGGACAUAUAUGAAGAAGGAGGCGAGGACAGGAGACCUUAUCCUCCCAGAGGUCCCAAGUUGUUGUUCCCUGAUGAGCUCACGCCGCUUACACAUCCCGUAAGCACCAUCCUAGAUUUCGCCGAGCAUCAGGGCUUGGUGGAGUACGAUCCGCGAUUCCCCCCGAUUUGCACUGUCGGAGAGGGCCCUUACUGCAGGUUCCACAGAGCGGCCGGUCAUGACACAGACGCGUGUAAGGUCCUCAAGAGGGAGAUCGAGAACCUGAUCCAGGCAGGAUAUCUGCGACAAUUCGUCAAGAAGAAGAACACAUGGCGCAAGGAUGAUGGGAAGAAGAACGGAGACAACCGAGGGAAGAAACCGUCGGGAACUCAGCAGAAGAAGAGGAAGGAGAUAGGUCUCCCGAGCGAUGAAGAAGAAGAAGACAACCCUAGACAGAAGGGGGUCGAGGAGAAUAGGAUGAUCUACGGUGGCAACAUCGGAGGGGAUAGUGCCGAGCAAAUAAAGAAGUGGGUACACUCGGCCUACGUCGGAGAUGUUUUCAGCGCACCUGGACCGUCGAAAAUCACGAAGACAGAGCCCCUCCUGUUUGGUCCCAAGGACCUGCCUGAGAUUCCAUCGCCCCACAGAGACGCCUUGGUCGUCAGGUGUGAGAUCAACGAGGUGGUAAUCCACCGAUCCUACGUUGACAAUGGGAGCUCGGUGAACAUCAUGUAUGUAAGGACAUUUGAGGAGCUGGGAUUGAAGAAGGAACUCUUGAAGAGAGUAAGGACUCCCUUGUCCGGAUUCACAGGGGACAUCAUCGAUUCAGAAGGCCUGGUCGAGGUGAUGGUCACCUUCGGUGAUGGAGAACACAAGAGGACGAUCCCGGUCGAAUUUUUGGUGGUACGACUUCUGGGAUCCCAUAAUCUGAUCUUGGGUCGGCCUGCACUGGAAGAUCUCGACUCCGUGACAUCGGUGAAGUAUUUGAGCAUGAAAGUCCCUACCGAUUCAGGAGUAGGGGUGUGCAGAGGAAACCAGAAACUCGCCCGACUCUGCUACCAGAAGCAAACCAAGAAGAUGGACGCCCAGGAUCUCAAGGUGGACAGUAUUGCCACGACACUUUUGAAGGAAGAAGAAGGACGUCCCCGAGCCGAGCCAGCCGAAGAUACAGAAGAUGUGGUGAUCAUGGAGGAGCAGCAGGAGAAGAAGAUCAAGCUCGGUAUUAACAUUAGUGCCAAACUUCGAUCAAAAAUCAUACAGGUACUCAUGGAGAAUUUUGUGAUCUUUGCAUGGAGUGUCGAGGAUAUGCUGGGAGUUAGCAAAUCCUUGAUCACCCACCGCCUCGCGGUCGGAUCGGAGGCAGAGCCCGUAAAGCAGAGAAGGCGGCACUUGAGCAAAGACCGGAGAGAUUUCGUGAAGAAGGAGGUGGACAUGCUCCAAGCAGCCGGGCAUGUCAAGGAGAUCAAAUACCCCACCUGGCUGGCCAACCGCAGUGCUGGGGGACUCUUUCUUCAUCAGACUCAGUUUGCCCACGAGAUUCUAGAGCGGGCUGGCAUGCUUCACUGUAAGCCUAUCUCCACACCUGUGGACACCAAGGCAAAGCUGUCCGCGACGUCCGGCACUCCUCUUCCGGAUCCCACUAUCUACAGAUCCAUUGUCGGCGCUCUACACGCACCCGGACCGUCGAAAAUCACGAAGACAGAGCCCCUCCUGUUUGGUCCCAAGGACCUGCCUGAGAUUCCAUCGCCCCACAGAGACGCCUUGGUCGUCAGGUGUGAGAUCAACGAGGUGGUAAUCCACCGAUCCUACGUUGACAAUGGGAGCUCGGUAAACAUCAUGUAUGUAAGGACAUUUGAGGAGCUGGGAUUGAAGAAGGAACUCUUGAAGAGAGUAAGGACUCCUUUGUCCGGAUUCACAGGGGACAUCAUCGAUUCAGAAGGCCUGGUCGAGGUGAUGGUCACCUUCGGCGAUGGAGAACACAAGAGGACGAUCCCGGUCGAAUUCUUGGUGGUACGACUUCUGGGAUCCCCUAAUCUGAUCUUGGGUCGGCCUGCACUGGAAGAUUUCGACUCCGUGACAUCGGUGAAAUAUUUGAGCAUGAAAUUCCCUACCGAUUCAGGAGUAGGGGUGUGCAGAGGAAACCACAAACUCGCCCGACUCUGCUACCAGAAGCAAACCAAGAAGAUGGACGCCCAGGAUCUCAGGGUGGACAGUAUUGCCACGGCACUUUUGAAGGAAGAAGAAGGACGUCCCCGAGCCGAGCCAGCCGAAGAUACAGAAGAUGUGGUGAUCAUGGAGGAGCAGCAGGAGAAGAAGAUCAAGCUCGGUAUUAACAUUAGUGCCGAACUUCGAUUGAAAAUCAUACAGGUACUCAGGGAGAAUUUUGUGAUCUUUGCAUGGAGUGUCGAGGAUAUGCCGGGAGUCAGCAAAUCCCUGAUCACCCAUCGCCUCGCGGUCGGACCGGACGCAGAGCCCGUAAAGCAUAGAAGGCGGAACUUGAGCAAAGACCGGAGAGAUUUCGUAAAGAAGGAGGUGGACAUGCUCCAAGCAGCAGGGCAUGCCGAGUAUGUUAGGAUCAGGUGCGAUUCGCGCCUGGUCGUCAGUCAAAUCAAAGGGGAGUUCGAUACCAAGGAGGAACGGAUGCGUCUAUACAAGGAGGCGGCCUUGGAAUUGCUCAAAAUCCUUAAGGGUUACGAGCUCGUGCAGAUCCCGAGGGCGGAAAACACAGAGGCCGACGUCGUCUCCAAACUGAGCAACGACAGUCCCGAGCACAUCUCCAAGAUGGCUCACAUUGAAGACCUGGGGUCUCCAAGCAUUCACGUUCUGUUCAUUUCUGUCGUCACCAAGGAGGCCAGCGGGUGGAUCGCGGAAUUGAUCCGGUAUAAGAAGGAUGGAAUCCUCCCCAGUGACGAGACGGCGGCCCGUCUGAUCAAACGGAGGGCGCCGACGUAUGUCAUUGAGAAUGGCCGACUGUACAAGAGAUCGUACAACGGCACAUUGCUGAGGUGUGUUGAUGAAACCAAAGCGGGGCAGAUCAUGGAGGAGGUCCACGAAGGAAUAUGCGCGGCACAUCAAGGUCCUUUCUCCAUGGCCAGACGCAUUGUCCUGCAGGGAUACUUCUGGCCGACCAUGGUAAAGGACUGUGCCAAGCGCGCCAAGCGUUGCAAAGUAUGCCAAGUUUUCCAAAACAUUCUGGGGAGGCUAGGAACCAGCUAUCAUCCCAUCAGCUCAUCAAUUCCUUUUGCUCAUUGGGGGAUAGAUUUGAUCGGACUGAUGCCAAGGGCACCCGGUCAUUUCCGCUGGAUCAUUGUGGCCAUCGAUUACUUCACGAAGUGGAUCGAGGCCGAGGCUUUAGUUGGAGGAACCUCAGAACAAUGCUCAAAGUUUGUGAGCAACAACAUACUCUGUCGGUAUGGUGUCCCAAAGCAGAUCACUACAGACAACGGAACCCAAUUCGAAGCUGGAGAUUUCAAUGAACUUUUGGGAGAUUGGAAGAUAAGGCACACCUACAGCUCUAUGGCAUACCCGCAAGGGAACGGCCAAGUAGAGAACGCCAAUCGAACAAUCAUGGACGGGAUCAAGAAGAGGCUUGAAUCCUACAAGGGAGCGUGGGUCGAUCAACUCCCCAACGUGCUAUGGGCAUACCGUACCACUCCAAGGAGGGCGACUGGAGAAACGCCGUUUUCCAUGUGCUACGGCCUGGAAGCAAGGGCACCCUCGGAGGUGUUCAUCCCAACAUGGAGAGAGGAAAAUUAUGAAGCCAAGGAGAACGAGGAAGCCAUGGCGGCCGAUCUUAAUUUCGUUGAAGAACGCCGAGAGCAAGCUUUCCUCAAAGCAGAGAACUACCGAAGGCAAGUUAAAGAAUAUUACGACCGCAAGGUCAGAGAAAGGGAGUACCAAGUAGGGGACUUGGUACUCAGGAAAAGGGAGGCCAGUCAGCCUACAGAGCGGGGAAAGUUUGCCAAAAGCUACGAAGGACCAUACAAGGUCAUAACUGUGCUCAGGCCAGGCACCUACAAGCUCUCCACGCUUAAAGGUCGCGAACUCGGCAGGCACUGGAACACGCACAAUCUCAUUUCUUUUUACAUGUAAGGCGCUGAGAACUGUAACCAGUCGGCCUCGGUAGCUAAAAAAAAUCUUCUACUUAAUGAAAUACUCGCUUCCACGCGAAUUCUGUUGUUUUGCUUUACGCAAUUUAAAGACGCUGCUUAGCGCUAUCGGGCUCCCACGCCACGAUUUUUUAUGGCCUCACGCGGUCUUUCGCUAUACGCGAACUAAGUCCCUUU